GGUGCGCGCGCGCUGCUCCCGCUGCAGCUCGCGCUCAGCAGACAGAGCUUGAUCCACAGAGGAGCAGGAAUGAAGCAGCUUUUUAACUGGUUUUAAUGGUUAAACUGGUUAGGUUAAACAUUUUAAGGGGCUCCAUUUAACCUGUUCCACCUCCACCAGCCGCUGUUUAAUCCAGAGGAUGCAUAGAGCUGGAUUAGACCCUGAUAUCCAGUAGAACAGAGAGAACUGGGAUUAUUUAGGGGAAAAUCUCCCCGGGCUCUAAGAAAGGAGGAUGCUGGUCCUGGUUCUACUGUCCUGGUUCUGGAUGCUGAUCCAGGGACAUAGUUUGGACCAUGACAGCUGGACCAACCGGGCGGUGUUGUCUGACGGUCUUUGUCGCUAUGGGAACAGCGUGGAGUGCUGCUGGGGCUGGAGACGGACGGACUGGGGACGGUGUCAACCUGACUGUACGCAGGGCUGUAAACACGGAGACUGCGUUGGACCGGACAGAUGCAAAUGUCGCCCUGGAUACACCGGCAAAGCCUGUAACCAAGACCUGAACGAGUGCGGCGUGAAGCCUCGGCCCUGCAAGCACCGCUGCAUGAACACGCCGGGCAGCUACAAGUGUUACUGUCUGGACGGAUACGCUCUGCAGCCCGACGGCAGCUGCAGGAAUGUCAGAACCUGUUACCAUGCCAACUGUCAGUACGGCUGUGAGGUGAUGAAAGGCGAGGUGCGGUGUACCUGUCCGUCUCCGGGGUUACGGCUGGGCCCAGACAGACGCUCCUGUGUCGAUAUUGACGAAUGUUCUCAGGGAGGUGGAGUGUGUCCCCGUCGCAGGAAGUGCUACAACACGUUCGGGAGCUUCUUCUGUAAAUGUCACCUGGGCUUCAAGCUGAUGUACAUCAACGGGCGCUACGCCUGCGUCGAUAAGGACACUCGACCUUUCUGCUCCCUGAAUCCUUCCUCACCUAAGUGCAAAUGUAAAGAUGGAAGAUGCAAAGGGCUCCUCACCGUAAUGCUAGAGCCACACAGACCCCAGACUACAACCCUCAUCACUACCACUGCCACAACAUCCACGAUUCCUGCCAUCACUACAACCACAGCUACAACCACUGCAACUAUACCUACAACCACAACUAUACCUACAACCACAUCUAUACCUACAACCACAUUAACUAUACCUACAACCACAAUUAUACCUACAACCACAUUGACUAUACCUACAACCACAACUAUACCUACAACCACCACAACUAUACCUACAACCACCACAACUAUACCUACAACCACAACUAUUCCUACAACCACAUCAACUAUACCUACAACCACAACUAUUCCUACAACCACAUCAACUAUACCUACAACCACUCCUACAACCACUCCUACAACCAUACCUACUACUACGCUUACAACCACUACCACCAUACCUACAACCACCGCCACUCCUACUGCUACUUCUACCACUGUCUCAUCUACAGCUUAUCAAACAACCACUUCUUUGUCAUCCACUGCCAUUGCAACAACCUCUCUAGCUCCCACUACUGUUGCUAUGACAACUACAUCCCGAACAACACCCCCUGAAACAACUAUCCCUACAACCACAAGAACAGAAACACCAGCUGUUACCACACCUGCUCCAACUACUGCAACCUCUGCUGCGCCUACUACUGAGCCUACGGUUGCCAUAGUGACUACGCCGCCGCCCACCACCUCCUUGGUGACAACGACGUUGAACAACAGGAUCAACAAGGAUGUAACGCAGAGACAGAGAGGAGACGUUCACAUACCUCGGCAUCCGGGGCACAACCAGGUCUGGGAGUUUGACAUUGAGCUGGGAAACACAGCCGAGGACGCUCGCGAUGAUCCUGAUGUUGGUGAGCUCCACUGCAGCUUUGAUCAUGGACUCUGUGACUGGAUCUCGGACAGAGAGGGAGACCUGCACUGGGAAACUGUGGGUAGUUCUGCAGGUGGGCGGUACCUGUCUGUCGCUGACCUAAAGCCUGGGCAAAGGAGCAUCCGAGGAGCUCGACUGGCCACCCAGAUACUCCCUCUGUGGAACCAGGGGGACAUGUGUUUCUCCUUCUCCCAUUGGCUGACGGGGCAUCAUCUCGGCGUGCUGCAGCUCUUUAUCCGCAAAAAAGGAGCAGACCAAAGGUAUGGCGCCGCCGUUUGGAGCAGGACAGGUAGACACGGGUGGAGACAGACGCAGGUCACCUUAGAGGCGCAUUCUGUGGAUAAAGUGCUGUUAAAGGCCGAGCGAAGGAAUGGACGACGAGGGCAGAUCGCGGUUGAUGAUGUUACACUGAGACAAGGGGCGUGUCGAUGACAUCAUAGGAGACCCCUCAUUUAAAGGACCAUUCUGAUGAAUUUAGCAGCUGCAGCUGAACUUCAGACUGCUGCUGGCUUCAUGUAGAUCUUCUGAUAUUUGGAACCAGGAACGUUUCCUCCCUUCCUCUGGUUUUCUCCAAGUCUCUGCCUUGAAAUAUGUUGGACUCAUCUUGUGCCAACUGCCGUUUUGUUUGGUUUGUUUACUUCGUUAGAGCGUAAAAGCUGAUUAUUUCUCAACUCUUACCAUGUUGCUGUUAAAACCAG